ACCAAAUUUUGCCAAUUUCCCAAAUGGCAGCCCUAAUAUAAGGAUCUUAUUCCGGCCGCCAUUUCCUUCUCUCUCUCUACAACAAGAAAAAGACAUAGCGGAGGGAGAGAGAAACAGGAUCCCCAACUUCAACCUUCGCCUCCAUGUCUGCUAAAUGGCGAGCUCUGCAGCAUCGCCACCGCUAUACUUACAGCGCCAUUGUCUUCCCUCACUCCUACGUCGACUCUCUGAUUUCGUUUCAAUCACAUCACCAAUCCUCUUCAAAGUUCUUCUCUGAAUUAAUUGAACUGGUGUCGCUGAACUCCGUUUACGCCCAAGUGAACCACGCCAAGAAAGUUGCUUCUGCUUUCGCCGAGUUAUUGGCCAAUGGGGACGAGGAUUUGGUGUCCAAAGCCGAGCGGUUUUUCUUGGAGGUUCUCUUCUGUGAGAACUCCCAGCCUUUGCAUCGAACCCUCGUCUCCACUUUGGCCAAAAGCCGUAGUUUUCACGAUUCUUUGGGAGGGUGUUUCAGAGACCUCUGUGAGGAGCACAGUGGCCUGCAGCAAGGCCAAGGGAAGCGGUUCUGUGUGUCGAGGGUGGCUUUAUCUGUAAUGGGUAUGCCUAAGUUGGGCUAUUUGGUGGAUGUUAUCAGAGAAUGCGCCAUUUUGGUUGCUCGGGAUAUUGUUUUUGGCUUGGACUCUGUAGUUAAGGAAACUAAUGAGUGGGCUAGGCCUUCUCCAAUUGUCAUGGAGCAGUGUCAAGAGGCUCUGUCUUGCUUGUAUUACUUGCUUCAGCGAUUUCCCUCAAAGUUCCAGGAGGACUCUAGUGUUAUGGAGACGAUCGUGAGUACUAUUUUAAGCAUUCUAAAAUCCUCGGCUUUUACUCGGGAUUGUUUUGUGGCUGCUGGGGUGAGUUUCUGUGCAUCUCUGCAAGUAUGCCUCACCUCGCAGGAACUUGGGGUGCUCAUCUUUUACGGAAUUUUCGAACAAUCUACCCACAUUUCAUUUUCGAAGUUUGAGAGUGAAUUUAGGAAUGCUGUUUCAAAGAUUCCUUAUCAAGGGAAUGUCUGUGCUGAAAUUCAAACUUUUGCAGUGUUAAGUAGACUCUGCCUGAUCAGGGGGAUUCUGACAGCAAUUCCAAGAGCUGUGCUCAAUAUACCAUUUUCUAUGAUAGAGGGAGAUUUGGAUGACCAUCCAGGUUGUAUAAAUAGUGGUAACUUUGUCAAAACGAUACUGUAUGAUGGGAUUUUGCCUGAGCUAUGUACCUAUUGUGAAAAUCCUACAGAUAGCCAUUUUAACUUUCAUUCAUUGACCGUACUGCAGAUUUGUUUGCAACAAAUAAAAACCUCCUUAGUUAGUAAUCUUACUAUUAUAUCCUGUAAUUAUGAUCCACUACCUGAGGAGAUGGGAAGUCGAAUACUAAGAAUCAUGUGGACUAACUUGGAAGAUCCUUUAAGUCAAACUGUCAAACAAGUGCAUCUCAUUUUUGAUCUCUUUUUAGAGAUUCAAUCCUCACUUUGCUGGUCAGAGGGUAGCGAGAAAAUAAAGUCAUACUUGCAAAAAAUUGCUCUUGACCUUCUUCAUUUGGGUUCUCGCUGUAAAGGAAGAUAUGUUCCUUUAGCUUCUUUGACCAAGAGGUUGGGUGCAAAGGCGUUGUUAGAUAUGAGUCCUUCCCUGCUGUCGGAAACUGUGCAAGCAUACAUUGAUGACGAUGUGUGCUGCGCUGCCACUUCUUUUUUGAAGUGUUUCCUUGAGAACCUGCGUGAUGAGUGCUGGAGCAGUGAUGGUAUUGAAGGUGGCUAUGCACUUUACAGAGGCCAUUGCUUGCCACCCAUUCUGUAUGGACUUGCUUCUGGGAUAUCAAAGUUGCGCUCAAAUUUGAACACUUAUGCUCUUCCAGUAUUGUUUGAAAUUGACCUAGAUAGUAUAUUCCCUAUGCUUGCUUCCAUCUCAGUCUGGUCUAGUUCGGGUGAGAAUGGAGUUCUCUAUCCUGGUAUUAAUCAAGGUAGUAUGGAACUGAGAGUUCAACAGAAAGUUGCCAUUUUUAUUUCAUUGCUCAAAGUAUCUCGUUCGCUUGCUUUGAUUGAAGGAGACAUUGAUUGGCUAGAGAAGCCUAGCUUAGAGCAGGAAUCUGUCCAUGAAAUAGAAUAUUUUAGUUGUCACGCUCUUGUUUUUAUCAAGGGAGUAAAGGUUGAAAUCCUUGUUGAGUGGCUUGUGUUGGCAUUGACACAUGUUGACGAGUCACUUCGUGUUGAUGCUGCAGAAUUUCUUUUCUUAAACCCCAAAACUUCUAGUUUGCCUUCUCAUUUAGAACUUACAUUGUUGAAGAAAGCAAUACCACUGAACAUGAGGUGUAGCUCUACAGCUUUCCAGAUGAAGUGGACUAGCUUGUUUAGAAAAUUUUUUUCUCGGGUGCGAACGGCUUUGGAGAGACAAUUCAAGCAGGGUAACUGGAUACCGCUUGCUGCUUCUUGUAAUAGUAAAUGCUAUCUGCCAAAUGGAAGUGAACAAAUUGAACUUGGUAGAGCGGAUGAUCUUUUUUAUUUUAUGAAGUGGUUAAGUUGCUAUCUGUUUUUCUCAUGCUAUCCUUCUGCACCUUACAAGAGAAAAAUUAUGGCGAUGGAUUUAUUUUUAGUAAUGCUUAAUGUUUGGUCAAUUGUUCCUUCAAAAGAAAAGUCAAAUGAAACUCUUCUCCAUCCCUAUAACGAAGGAAUUACUUUACCUGAUUCAGUUCUUUUGUUAGUUGGAUCAAUCAUUGAUAGUUGGGAUAGACUGAGAGAAAGUUCUUUCCGUAUAUUGCUACACUUUCCUACUCCACUACCUGGCAUUUCUAGUGAAUAUAUGGUGAGCAAGGUAAUCACAUGGGCCAAAAAGUUAGUUUGCAGUUCACGUGUCAGAGAAAGUGAUGCCGGAGCACUAACUUUACGGCUUUUAUUCAGAAAGUAUGUCUUGGAUUUAGGUUGGAUAGUCAGAGCUUCAGUUGAUGUUGUUUGCUUAGAUUCCCAGGAGAAAUUACCAAAAGUGGGUGAGUGUAAAUCAAACCAUCCAGUGGCAGAGUAUCUCAGAUCAUUAAUUGAUUGGUUGAAUGUCUCUGUCACAGAGGGAGAGAGGAAUCUCUCUGAGGCAUGCAGGAACAGCUUUGUUCAUGGUGUGUUGCUCACUUUGCGUUAUACUUUUGAGGAGUUGGAUUGGAAUUCAGAUCUUGUGCUCUCUAGUAUCACGGAAAUGAGAAGUCUACUGGAAAAGCUUUUGGAGCUUGUGAUGCGAAUAACUUCCUUGGCACUCUGGGUGGUUUCAGCAGAUGCUUGGCAUCUUCCUGAGGACAUGGAUGACAUGGUUGAAGAUGAUGCCUUUCUGCUGGAUGUUCCAGAUGAGGCUGAUGUGUCCACAUCCUUGUCCAAGUUGGAAGACAGUAAGGACAAAACUACAGUAAGUUCAAGAACAUCAGAACAGAUUGUGAUGGUUGGCUGUUGGCUUGCCAUGAAAGAGGUUAGUCUUCUCUUGGGAACAAUCACAAGAAAGGUGCCUUUGCCUACGGCUUCUGAUUCAGUUGAAUCUGAUCUGAAUUCUUCCAUUAUAUUAAAGCAAGAUGAAGUACUCGAUUUAAGGCAACUUAAAGUGAUUGGGGACCACUUUUUGGAAGUUCUUCUGAAAAUGAAGCACAAUGGUGCGAUUGAUAAGACAAGGGCUGGAUUUACUGCUCUUUGCAACCGUUUACUUUGUUCAAAUGACCCAAGACUUUGUAAGUUGACAGAAUCUUGGAUGGAUCAGCUAAUGGAAAGAAUGACGGCAAAUGGUCAGACAGUUGAUGAUUUAUUGAGGAGAAGUGCUGGAAUUCCGGCUGCCUUCGUCGCUUUAUUUCUAGCAGAGCCGGAAGGUUCACCGAAGAAUCUUCUACCAAGAGCCCUAAAGUGGCUCAUAGAUGUAGCUGAGAGGUUGUUGCAGAAUCCAGUUGAGAUAGACUGUGAAAAUGGCAACUUCUCCAAGUUACCAUCCACAGAGUUAGGCCAAGACACUGAGUCUGUACUACCCCAUGAGACUUAUGCAAGUGACAAAGCCUCUAAAAUUCGCGAUGAAGGCGUCAUUCCAACAGUUCAUGCAUUCAAUGUCCUUAGAGCUGCUUUCAAUGAUACCAACCUGGCGACGGAUACAUCUGGUUUCUCCGCUCAAGCUAUAAUUGUUUCUAUUCGCUCUUUCUCUUCUCCUUACUGGGAGGUGCGUAACAGUGCUUGCUUGGCAUACACUGCUUUAGUUCGUCGGAUGAUAGGGUUUCUCAAUGUUCACAAACGAGAAUCAGCUCGUCGAGCUUUGACUGGGCUUGAAUUUUUUCACAGGUAUCCAGCAUUGCAUCGAUUUCUGUUGGAUGAACUGAAAGUGGCUACCGAGUAUCUUGAUGAUGGCUGUUCUGGAAACUCAGAAUCCAGUUUAGCAAAAGUUGUGCACCCAAGCUUGUGUCCUAUGUUAAUUCUUCUAUCUCGGCUUAAACCUUUUACAAUCGCAAGUGAAACCGGAGACGACCUGGAUCCCUUUCUCUUCAUGCCAUUCCUCAGGAGGUGCUCUUCUCAAAGCAAUCUAAGAAUUCGCAUUCUUGCAUCUAGAGCGUUAACUGGUCUGGUGUCCAAUGAGAAAUUACCAUCAGUCAUCCUCAAUAUAGCAUCCGAGUUGCCAGUCGAUGACAACACAAUGCUGGCUUCUGAAUCAAUCUCAUUAGAGGCUACUAAAACCACUCAACACACUUCAUAUAAUAGGAUCCAUGGAAUCUUGUUGCAGUUGAUUUCUCUUCUGGAUACAAAUUGUAGAAAUCUGGCAGAUAUUUUGAAGAAAAGCCAGCUUCUUAAUGACUUGGUAGACGUGAUUGCAUGUUGCUCGUGGAUUGCAAGGCAAAGACGUAGUUCUUGCCCAAUCCUUAGUACCUCUUUCUUACGAGUCCUGGGUCAUAUGCUUGGCAUUUCUAUAACGUGCCCAAGAAGCAAAAGUUUCUAUAUCAUUCGCAACUUGCUUCUGGAUCUAUCUACUGAGUGCUUAGAUGUGGAGACCUCCUAUGAACUGUCAUAUUAUGAUCCGACAUUAGUGGAGCUUCGGCAACAAGCAGCUAUUUGUUAUUUCAAUUGUGUGCUUCAGCCAUUUGAUGAAGAAGAUGAUGCGGUUCUUCAGACGUCACAAAGAUCUCAGUCUGAUGCAGACGUGCCAGCUGCUCUAAUAGAUUAUCCAUUUCCACAACUUCAAGAAAGGCUAAUCCGCUCGUUACAAGACCCAUGCUACGAAGUUCGGCUCUCGACAUUGAAAUGGAUGUUUAAAUUUCUGAAAUCUACAGAAUACUCUGCCGGGUUCUAUGACUUGAGUAGUUACGAGAUUAGGACCAUCGAUUACUGGAUUAAAACUAACCUCCAAACCUUAUUGACAGAGCUCUUGUCAUUUGAGAAGAAUCAUAGAUGUCUAUAUUAUAUUUUAAAGAAUCUUUUCAAUUGGAACAUGUCUCAGUUUCAGAAGCUUGGCAAAGGUAAGAAGUGCGCUGAAGAGGUAGUUUAUAUUGGUGAGAUGGACUGCGGAUCUGUGUUGCAGUUUUGGGAUAAGUUGAUUUCCUUGUAUAAGCUCACAAGACAUGCAAAAACUCGGGAAAUUGUUGUUCGCUGCAUGGGAACGUGCAUAAAGCGCUUUUCUGUUAUAUAUUCAAUCUCCAUUGUUUCCGAUGCCACAAAAACAGAGUCUCCAAACUAUGGAAUGUUAAAUAACUUGGAGGAGUUUCGUGACUGUCUUGCCCUUUUCACCGACCUCAUUAGGCAACACAGCGCUGCAUCGGAGCCAGCAAACAUGCGCCUGGCCGCUGCAGAUUCUAUUAUAGCAUCUGGUUUGCUUGAACAAGCUGAAAUUUUUGUCAAUUUCGUGUUUGAUAACCGAAUCCCUGACGGAACUUCCCAUUCCGAACAGAGGGAGUAUGUGAAUAGGUAUGCUCAUCAAAUACUUAAUACAUGGUUUACCUGUAUCAUGCUCUUGGAGGAUGAAGAUGAUGAGAUUAGGAGAAGGCUUGCGGUUGAUGUUCAGAAGUGUUUUAGCUCAGAAAGAAUUACGACGAGCUCAGAUGUUCCAAACCAAGUAGAGCAAGUUAUAGGAUCAAGUUUCGAUUAUCUUUCAUCUAUAUUCGGCCACUGGGUUAUGUACUUUGAUUACCUCUCGCAGUGGGUGUUGAACACAGCGAAUCACGCCGUGUCUCAAGCAGACCCGGUUAGAAGAGUGUUCGACAAGGAAAUCGACAACCAUCAUGAAGAAAAGCUGUUGAUUAGUCAGACUUGUUGUUUACACAUGGAGAAGCUUUCAAAAUCUAAACUAGUUGCUCUAUGGGACACCCAAUGGUUCGUAAACUAUCUGGUUGGCUUGAGAAAGAGAUUUCUCCAUCAGUUCAUUCAAUUUUCAGAUGAGCAUAUGGGCAAAGAUGGAGGAUUUAACUGGAUAGGUGGUGCAGGCAACCACAAAGAUGCAUUUCUUCCAGUUUAUGCAAAUUUGCUUGGCUUCUAUGCCCUCUCAAACUGUAUCAUAAACGGCAAAUCCCAGGUUAGUACACAACCUCUCAUCGCCGAGGUCAUUGAAAUCGGUAAGAUCAUUAGUCCUUUUCUUAGAAACCCUCUGAUAUCUAAUCUGUACUUGUUAGUAAUUAAAAUACACAAAGAAGUCAUAGAUGUUAAUAUAGAUCACAAGAUCCCAGAACUUGAACAUGAUGAUGAGGCAAUCUGGGAAAGUUUUGAUGCAUAUUUUCUUCUUAGAUAAGUUUCAUGUAGCAUGCCAUUUUGAUUUUUGUUUGAGUUAGAGAAUUUUGAUGGAAAAUAACAAGAGCCAUAUAUCAUAUAUA